AUGGCACAAAUUAACAAAGAUUUAGAUAUAGUUGUAUUUGGAGCAACAGGUUUCACUGGUCGAUUUGUUGUCGAGGAAAUAUGUCGUACAGCAAGUGACAUGAAUAAGUUGAGGUGGGGAAUUGCAGGACGUUCAGAACAAAGACUUCAAGAGGUAUCCAAUAUUAUAGGUGUUGCUAGUGGAAAUACUGUUCGACAACCAGAAAUUAUUAUAGCAGAUGUUGAAAGACCGGAAAGUUUAAAUAAGAUGGCAAAAAGAGCUAAAGUUGUGAUUGCAUGUGUUGGUCCAUUUUUUCUUUAUGGUGAAUCGGUGGUUAAAGCUUGUAUUGAGAAUGAUGCUAAUUAUGUUGAUAUCGCAGGCAAUAAUCAAUUUAUUAUUUUAGUCCCAGCUGAUUUAGGUAUAUUAUUUACAAAACGUCUAUUAGAAUCACAAGGAGCAAUUCCUUCUCAAAUUGAAAUGUUUACAAGCGUUCACUGUGGUAAAGCUGUGCAUGGUAUUAAUAAUGUUGAGAGAUUACGUGAAUUAAGAAAAAAUGCCAAUCGGCCUAAAGUUCCUAGAAUUGGACCACCAUUAGAAAUCAUUCGAUCACAUAAAUGGAAUGAUCAAGUAAAGGGGUAUAUUUAUCCAUCAUUUCUUACCGAUCCAAGUAUAAUUAGGUUGAGUCAAAGCUUAGAUAUUGAAUGUCAAACAGGUGUGCCACCAGUUCAACUUGGCGCGUAUCUUGUGUUUCCUAGUUUUAAAAAUUUGGCAAAGAUGAUGUUUGCAGGAGCUUUAUUCAAAUUUCUUGUUAAAUUUUCUUGGGGAAGAUCACUAUUACUAAAAUAUCCUAAAGUAUUUACUUUUGGCACUUUUUCACACAAUGGACCUACGCUUGAACAAAUCCAACAAACAAGUUUUACUCACAAGUUUGUUGCGAAAGGAAUUCUUAUACAAUCAACAACAACAAAUCUUAAUCUUCAUGAUGAUGAUUUAGAAUCAAAUGCUUCAUUUGAGAGAUUGUUACCACCACCAUCAGAGUUAGAGAUUGUUACUGAAGUUACAGGACCAGAACCUGGAUAUGUAACCACACCGAUAUGUGUAGUUCAAUGUGCUUAUACCAUACUAAAAGAAGGUGGCAAUGUCCCAAAAGGUGUUUUAACUCCUUCUUUAGCAUUUGGUAAAACUUCCUUGAUUCAAAAUUUAAUGGAAUAUGGAAUUAAUUUUCGAGAAGUUGAUAAAUCUUAA